UAAGUACAUAAGUAGACAUUCAAGUGUUGUUUGUGCCAAUAUAAUAUUUAUAUAAAUAAUUAUUAUUUUUAUGAUAAAUAAAAAUUUACACGAAAAUAUCAAUGCAAUUAUUCAAAAUGAAUUACAUGAACAGUUUUGUAGGUAAUAACUUACAGUGUAAUGAUGUUGGUUUACAGUUAAAUAAUGUAGAAGUUUUGUAUACAAAAAUUCAAAAAGUUUAUCUCAAACCACAACUGAAAGAGGAACGUCAACGAGAUCUUAGAAUUAAUGUUGAAAUUCAUUCUGGAGUUAGUCCCGUUUGUCGAAAGACAUUAUGUGUUCUUAUAUCUGAUGAUGAUGAUCCUUGUUUUCUUUACUCUCUUCUUAUAACAGAAGAUGACUUUAAAAUUUUAAAAACACAACAGGGACUGUUAGUGGAUUUUGAUAAUUUUGCAACACAGCUUAUCUGUUUAUUAGAACAAUGUCAUGGAUCAGGAUCCAGUACGUUGAAAGUGACUCCAAAAUUUUUAUUGCUGUUAUCUGAAGAAAAUAAUGAAUGGUUAUUUAAAUUAGUUGAAACUAAUAAUUUUAAGCAUUUAUGUCAUUUAAGUUUGAGCAUAGCUCCGGCUACUGAUUCCAAUAUCAAAACUCAUAUGGCUAUGAAGAUAAAACAAUUGAAAGAAAAUAUGGCUAAUAAAAAUAAAGAUAUUAAUUCUAUGGAAACAAGAUUAAAUACUUUAAUAGAAGAGUUAGAAUUGAAGACGAGAGAUUUCGAACAAUUGGAACAAAAAUACCGAGCAGAAAAAAGUCAAUUACAAAUGACGACAACUCAUCAAUUAAGUUUAGAAAAAGAUAGGUUGGCUCAAGCAAAGCUUGAAUGGCAAAGAACUGCAGAAAUAGAAAAAAUGGAAAUAGAGCGUCAGCAUAGUGAAACGUUGCAGCAACUUCAUACAGAGUUAGCUGAAUUACGAGCACAGAAUAGUUCAUAUAAAGAUAGACAAUCAUUUUUGGAGGCAACAAAUAAAGAACAAGCAAAGCAACUGCAACAUCUUGAAAAAGAAUUAAAUGUCACGCAGCGUGACUUAGUUCAGUUGAAAAAACAAAAUUCUAAACUGGAUACUGAUUAUCAUGAAAAAGAUAAAUACGUUAAUGAUUUAAGAACUCGAGUAGCAGUAUUAGAACAAGAAUUAAAAGAUAAAACAAUUUUGAUAAAUAAACAUCUGGAAAUGUUAAAAAGUAAUAAAGAACAAAAGCAACAUUUAGAAGAAUUAUUAGCUGAUAAGGAAAAUCAAGUACAAAGAAAACAUAAUGCUUUAACAAAUGUAGGAGAAGAAGUUAUGAAAGCAAACGAGAUAAUCAGAAAAUUACAGACUGACUUAUCUUCGACUAAAUCAAAAUUAAAGUUAAGAACAAGUAUUGCACUUGAGCAAGAGAGGCUGCUUGAUGUUAAACAAAAAGAAUUAGGAGAGUUACAUAUUAAAAUAGAAGAGCAAACAGCAGAAAUAACAAAAUUAAAAUUUGAUGUUAAUUUACAAAAAGAGCAAAUAAAAACAUUACAAUCACAAGUUGAAGAAAAAGAUAAAACGAUUAAAAAUAAUGAUAAUGUUAUUAGUUGGUUAAAUCGAAGAUUAACUGAUGCUCAAUCUCCACUUCAAAGUGCCACAACGCCAGCACCCAUAGUAGUACCAUCAUCAUUUCAAAUGACACUUCCACGUCCAUCUAAAUAUUUAUCGACAAAGUAUGAUACAAGAACACCAUACCAUAAUGUUCCUUUAUCGGCAACUUCAUCUAAAAAUCCUACAACACAAAUUUCAAGUACUAAUCAAACUGGUCGAUUAGCUUCAGGAAGAACAACAGGAGUAGGAAUUACGGACUCCACGAUUGGCUUAGUUACAUUUAGCAGAACGGGUCAAAUUACAAAUACAAGUACACCAUUAGAGCGAAUUAAUGCAAUGAAUAAAUUACCUAAUACUUUACCGGAAUCAGUAUCAAAUCCAGUAAUAAAUGAAAAUAACAAUAUGUUACUCCAAAAUGUUGGAAAAUCUAAAAGUACUAGUGGCCUUACAGGUGGUUUGCGGCGAGCUAUAUCUGAAAAACCUACAUUGCCUUCAGCAUACUUUCCUAAAACAUUACACUGAUAAAAAUCAAUAUCACAAAUAUGCCUUAAAUUUACCAAUUUAUGAAAUUGACUUCAAUAGUUUGAUUAAUAAAUAUUUUUUUAAUAUUCAGAUAAAUUGAAAUGUUCAAUAGUACAAAGUUAAAGGAUUAUGUACAUAAGCAUCUUAAUAUAAAAUUAAUUAAAUAUUAAUUUUAAAUUGAAAUAAUUCAAUUAAUUAAAAAACGUAAUAUUUAUAACGUGACAGUAUUACGUGAAUAUUUUUUAAUACAAUAAUAUAGUUUAAAU